AUGAAACGAGUCACUGGAGUUUUCUUAACACUUUUGAGAUUUUCGCAAUUUGCAUCAUCUGUUUUGGUGAUGUCACUUUUAGCGUAUGCCAUCCACGCCUAUGGAAAUAGAGGUAACAAGAAAACCAACUUUACAUUGGCAACGGGUGUCAUUAGUGUGUUUUAUUUGAUCGCUUUAGGUAUUUUGUGUCUGGCUCUACCAACAUUGAUCUACAUAGGAAUGUAUUUCUGUGCUGAAUUGAUCGUUUGUAUGUUAUGGCUAGCAGCUUUCGUUGUUCUUGCUAAGGCUCAAGGUGAGCGUAGCUGUGGUAACACUAAUGCACAAGGAUUAUACUAUAAUCCUUAUAGUGGUCAAUAUACUGCAGACAGUCAUAGAAGAGCUUGUAAUUCUUCUCAAGCCGCAAUCGCCUUUUCUGGCCUUUGCUUUUUGUUGUUUUUGACUAGUGUGAUAUUACUGGGAAUUAAUGUCUUAACACCCAUCAGGAAGCGUUAUCAGACCCAAGGAAUGUGGAGGAGUGGUGCUUCUAUGGGUACAAAGCUCCAUAGGUGGAGUGGAUUAGCUUUGAGUGAGCCUUUUGAAGAAACAGCUGCUUACGAUAACACUAAUGUUAGGACUGGCGAUGUCGAAGCAGGUGCAGGCGAUAAUGUCGCUUACACAUCUGAUCCGAACGCUGAUACACGCUAUGCUACUAAUGACCCUAAUAGGCAGUAUCACACUACUACUACCAACACCCGUUAUACAACAACAACGACAGACCCUAACGCACGUUCUACUACCAAUGACCGUAAUACAGGCUCUGCAAACAUCGCUAACGGUGCUGUGGAUCAGCACGCUUACUCUACGGAUGAGUCAGGUGACCGGUCCUAUCAAGAAAAGCUUACAGAAGGUGCUAAUUCUGGCGUUAUGAGCGGUAGUACUGCAGAACCAAACAGGAACGUCAAUUAA